CCUACGGACGCAUGCUUGGAAGACAUGCGCUUUGCGGCAAAGUCCUCCUUUUCUCCACACACGCUUCUAAGCCUCGGCACAUCUCCUCACAUUGCUACUAACUACACUUUAUUCAUCAUCCGUGUCAGGAUAAACUCCACUCGUCUCAGCCACAUUUGGAGAUUAUUAGGCCCGCUUAGCUUGAUAGUUGUUUGAGCGCGCCAAUUAGCUUAGCAUGCUAGUUAGCUUAGCUUGUUAGCCGCUAACAAAGAGACGCGGAUUUGAUCAACACAUCGCUUAGUUAAGAUCAAGUGUGAGUGUAAAGUGUUGUGAUUGUGUGAAAAUGUGCGAAAGAACGAUAGCAAAGUAUGAGGAAGAACUUUGUUGUGUGAAAAUGUGUGAAAGAACGAUAGCAGAGUACAAAGAGGAACUUUCUCGGACAAAAGAAGAGAACGAGAGACUACGUCAACUAUUGGAGGCUGUUUUCAAGAAACCUCAAGUUGUGUUACACAGAACAGACCUCGAUGAAGAACAUCGUCCUCGUGAGCAGGAGGUGGAACCACAGUCCCCCAACAUACACAAGGAAGAAGAGGUACCACAUUCUCAACAUAUCAAAGAGGGAGGAGAGGAGCCACAACCCCCCCACAUUAAAGAGGAAGACGAGACGCCACAGACCCAUAAUGUUAAACUGACCCUUCACAUUAAGAACGGCAAGCGGAGGACCCACUGAUCUUACACAUCAAAAAUGCAGAGGAGGACCCACUGAACCCUCACUUUAAAGAGGAAGAGGAGGACCAAGAGCCGCCGCACAUUAAAGAGGAAGAGGAGGAAGAGGGCAUCAGUCAGCCUAAAUGGUUGGAGGAGUUCCCAGUGACUGGUGUCCCUGUGAAGAGUGAAGAUGAUGAGGUGAAAGGUGAAAGUGAGGAGAGGGGAGGGGGGGAGCCUCCAAGCAGCAGCUCAACACAACACAUGACAACAGAAGCUGAUGGAGACCACUGUGGAGGAUCACAAGCAGACAAGCUCUUAGCUCCACUAUCAGAUAGUGAGGACACAACGUCACACUCUCCUGACACUGAUGAUGAAGACUCUAAAGAUGAUAAGACAUGUCACACUGACAACACUCACUUCACAUCUUCUCACUGUCACAAAACCUUUAAAUACCAUAGUUCUCUGAAAUUACACAUAAGAUCACACACUGGAGAAAAACCUUUUAAUUGUUCAAUCUGUAGUAAAGGUUUUACACAAAAUCACAAUUUGAAAGUCCACAUGAGAACACACACUGGGGAAAAAAAAUGUUCUUGUUCAAUCUGAGGUAAAGGUUUUGCACAAAAUCUGGAUUUGAAAAGACACAUGAGAACACACACUGGAGAAAAACCUUAUGUCUGUUCAAUCUGUGGUAAAGGUUUUACACAAAGUCCAUAUUUAAAAGUACACAUCAGCAUACACACAGGUGAAAAACCUUAUGUCUGUUCAAUCUGCGGUAAAGGUUUUACACAAAGUCAAUAUUUGAAAGUACACAUGAGAACACACACUGGUGAAAAAAUAUUUUCCUGUUCAAUCUGUGGUAAGGGUUUUACACAAAGUCAAUAUUUGAACCCACACAUGAGAACACACACUGGUGAAAAACGUUUUUUCUGUUCAACCUGUGGUAAAGGUUUUACAAAACGUCAAGAUGUGAAAGUACACAUGAGAACACACUCUGGUGAAAAACCUGUUUCUUGUUCAAUCUGUGGUAAAUGUUUUACACAAAGUCAGGAUUUGAAAAGACACAUGAGAACACACUCUGGUGAAAAAUCACAUUCCUGUUCAAUCUGCAACAGAAUCUUUUGUCGACGACCAACCCUUGUAAGACACAUGAGAAGACACCCUGGAGAGAAAGUGUUGAGUUGCAGUGUGUGUGGUGAAAGAUUGUCUUCUAAGUAGCAGUGUAAGAAACACAAGUGUGCUGGUGAGAACAGCAGCAGCAAAUGAAACUGCAGGAUUUGAAAUAAACUGUCCAGACUUUCAUUUUGACUUUCUAACAACAUCAGCACAUAUAACAUGUGUGACAUUGUUGUUUGUCUAACAAUCUGUUUAAAUUUCUUCUACAUUUAUUGCUGAGAUAUUUUAUGACAGUGCUUUUUUCAGUCAAAUACAUGCAUAAAUAUGCAACAUUGUGUACUUUUAUUAAAACACGGACAGAACAAUUUGAGUAAAAAGGUGGGAAUAAACAGUACGGGACAUAUUUUACAUGCAAUAAUCAUUUUAUGGGUGUAUAUAUAUAAAUAUAUGUAUAUGUGUGUACGUAUAUAUGUGUGUAUGUAUAUGUAUAUAUAUUCAGCAGACAAUUUUAGACUUAUUCAUAUGAAAUAUUGAAUUAUUACAUAUUUGUAUUUGUAAUUGUUAAUAAUCCCAUAGAUUAUCACCUUUAUAUGAUAUACAUAUGUACUGGUUCACAUCUGAAACAUCUUCUGGACCACUUCAGGAAGCAUAUUAUUAUUUACUUUAUACAUCAUUUGAACAGUUGUCUUUUAUACAAUUUUAAAAUGUGUGACUUUAUGAAUCAUUUGUUGGGUCUCUGUAAUCUAUUUUAUUCAUUAUCUUUAUCAUGAUUGUGUAUGAUGAUUGUGUUGUGAUUGUUUUAUAUGUAUGUCCCCAGACCUUUAUGCAAUAUAAAAGUGAGAGAAAAUGUCUGAAUUGUUUGUGGAAGGAUGGCUUUGUUUUUACAAACUUACAUUUGUGGAUACAUCAAAUAAAUCCAGUAUUGUGUUUUAAAUAUUUUUAUGUUUUUUUUUGUUUUUUUAACAUCCCAAAAACAUCAAUAUCAGUCAAAGUUUGGAGUGUCAGACAAAAGCCAAUAUUGUACAUCAUCCCACAGAUAUUUACU